UUCUUCGACCAAUGGUACCGCAAGAACGUCGACAUGGCCCAGAUGGAAGCCGACUUCGCACGCCAGCUCGCACUCCCGUGCUACAUGUUCGACCACGCGCAGGGCUUCGCUGAAGUGACCAAGUGGCUCGCAUACAACUUCGCCGGCCACAUCACGGAGAAGCGUCCCAAGAGCUUCAGAUGGCAGCACAUGCGUUUCUCGCCGCCAGACUUCGUCCGACCAAUGAACCACGCCCGCGGCGCACUGAAAACCUGCCUGCACAAGGGCAUCUGGGACGAGAUCGGCGCGCUGCUCGCACGCGGCGACUACGCCUGCACCUGCCGCCACUGGGCCACGACAGCCGGCCACUACUUCGCCGCACUGGUCAAAACGGACGCCUACCCGCUCGAGAAGACGUUCUCCCGGAACUCCGUCGUCGCCGUCCUCAAGUACCUCAACGCCUUUGUCAUGCCCGGCACGACCACGCCCCUCUGCCGCAUCUGCGACGUCCAGUGGAACGAGGUGGUCAAGCAGGCAUGUGCGAACACGCUCCGCUAUUUCGACGGCCUGUGCAUUGAUUGCAUGGAUCGGAGCAGGGCGAAGCGGGACGACACGGAUGUGGAUUACUGGCGGCAGCUGGAGAGCGUUGACGGGCGCUGGGAUGCGAACUGUCGGGUGCGCCAUGAUGAGCCGACGUGGUAUGUGAGCUGGUGCGGGCGCGAUGAGCAUCGGCAGAAGCUGUUA